AUGUGUGGGGGCUGUGUGGAGAAGGAGUAUCCAAAUCGGGGUAACAUCUGCCUGGAAAAUGGAUCUUUCUUGCUGAACUUUACAGGCUGUGCAGUGUGUAGUAAGCGGGAUUUUAUGCUGAUCACCAACAAAUCUUUGAAAGAGGAAGAUGGAGAAGAAAUAGUUACCUAUGAUCAUCUGUGUAAGAAUUGUCAUCAUGUAAUAGCCAGGCACGAGUACACAAUCAGUAUCAUGGAUGAAUUUCAGGAGUACACCAUGCUCUGUCUGUUAUGUGGCAAAGCUGAAGAUACUAUCAGUAUUCUCCCCGGUGACCCUCGACAAAUGACUCUGUUAUUCUAA